AUGCGGACGCUGACAUGGUUCUUGUUCUUGCCUCUGUGCCUGUCCUGCGGCUGCGCCUUUAUGUUCUCUUCCGUGAGGGGGAACGUCAAGGAGCCCCAGGGCCAGGCGCCCUGCGGGGGGCACUUCCGGGUCAGGCAGAGUCUCCCCGAGCACGCCCAAGGCUGGCUCGCCAGCAAGUGGCUCUGGCUGCUGUUCGUGCUGGUACUGUACGCGGUUCUCAAGUUUCGAGGAGGGUAUAGUGAGAGGAGUAAGGAAAAGAGUCCUCCCGGCCUUCGAGGCUGUUCGCCGCGCGCGCUGCUGAAGAAAAACCAGAACGCCUCCCCCAGCAAAGACUUCGCCUUUACCACCUUGCACCAGCUCGAAAUGGAACUCGUGAAAUUCCUCUCCAGGGUGCGGCAUCUGAAGGACGCCUCGGCCAGCGGCAACAGCCUCAAGCUCCCGGUCUUCGAGGUGCCUUCGGACCCUCAAAAUAACGUGACGAUAUAUGAGAUAUGGGGCGAGGAGGAAUGCGAGUGA